CAUGUGCGCUUAUGUUCCUGAUCCUGAAUCCUACGUUUCGUAGAUAGGGCGACUAUUCAGUUUUCCUAACCUAAAUAGUCGUCAACUUUAAUGAUUAAUAGUUCGCUGAGCAGAACGAAGCUUUUGUCUAUCAGAUUCACUCAUUGCAAAAACAUCAAAUAAAUCUAAUUCAUAAUCAAUAUUAGAUUAUGGAAACGUCGGACAACUCAGUAGAACCUGCUAAAGUCGCUGAGGAAAACGAAAACUGUGAGAAUAUCAAAGGCUAUGUAGAACCUAGAUUUGAGUGUCCCAUAUGUCUAACAUGGCUACGCGAUCCAGUUUUAACAUCUUGUGGCCAUAAAUUUUGUUCUCAGUGUAUUUAUACUUGGCUUAAGAAAGAAGGCGCUUGCUGUCCAGUUGAUAGUCAACCUUUGAAAUCUGAAAAUCUUUUCCCAGAUCUUUAUACCACUCGAGAGAUAUCUCAGAAACGUACAAGUUGUAUUUAUCAGCAAUUUGGUUGUCAAGUAAAAUUGUCUCCUGUGGAUAUGGAAACACAUAUCAUUCAAUGCACAUAUAAACAAGAUAUUUCAGAGUCUCGAGUACAAAAUAGCACUAAUGCAAUGUCUGUGGAAUCAAAAUUAUGGGAUCCACCUCUAAAAAAUAGGAUACAAGUUGCAGACAAGGAAGAGCCUUCUCCUGAUUGGCAACAAUUGCUCAAAAAUCUGUAUGAAAGAAUAGUAGUUUUGGAACAAGAAAAUCGGGAGCUCUCUAUAACAGUAUCUAAUCAAAAAAAUCAGCUCGCAACUAUGUGUCUACGAAAUUGUAAUGGAGUUUAUAUAUGGAGACUGAAAUCUUUCCAAGAAAAACUCGACGCUAUGACAAAUGAUCCUCAAAAAAUGUUUUAUAGUCCAGGUUUUUAUACAAGUCCAAACGGAUAUAAGAUCUGUGCGAGGAUUAAUAUAUCAUCCAAGAAUCCCGAUUAUCUGUCUUUUCUUUUACAUAUUAUGAAAUCAGACAAUGACGACGCUUUGGACUGGCCAUUUAAUGGUACAAUGUUUUUUGCGUUGGUACAUCCACAAAAUUCGGAAAAAAAUAUAUGUGAAAAGACAUCGUCAAUACUAGGUCUUGAGGCAUUCCAAAAACCCACGUGUGAAUUGAAUAAACGUAGCUUCGGUUAUACAGAAUUUAUAUGUGUGCGCGAUAUAACUGAUUUUCUGCGGCACGAUACUUUAAUUUUAAAAAUUGAAGUUUAUCCUAUAUCUUAUAGAGAUAAUAUCAAAUAG